AUGCAUCUCCCCGUCCUCGCCUAUAUCGGCCACGCGCUGCUCAACUACACGCUCACAAACCCGGGCGGAUCGAUCACUCCGCGCGGCACCGGCUACUACGACAUCUUCGGUGCGGGCGUGCUGACCUUUCACCCCGCCAGCGUCCUCACGCUCCCGGCCCCGAAUCCUGCCUACAUCCCGGAGACCGGUCCUCUCAACAUCUCGCUGCCCGCCUACAAGGUCGACAUCCUCAGCGGCAACGACUACUUCAAGCUGCGUUCGGGAAACAUGUUUGAGCUCGACACCACCGCGGCCGGAAAGGCGGUGAACAGCGGCGCGCUGGUGCACUUCCGCGCUGGAGGCUUCAUUCGCAUCAAUGCCUACCUCGGACAGAUCCUACAGGGCAAGGGCGAUAGAGACAUGAAGUUCGGCGAAACCGACUUCUGGGAGCCCAUCACGAUCGACACCUCGGAUCCCGAGUUGGCGUGGUUGAACUUCCGGAUGAUCAUCAGCCAGGGCCGGAUCCUGGUGGACAAGGCGACUGGAAAGGCAUAUGGUUUUGAGCUGCGUCUCUUCUCCCCGGUGUCGCCGACGGAGAUCAAGAAGAGGUAUGCUAGGGAGGACGUAGGGUUGAUACAGUAG